AAAGUGGAAACAAAUUAUUAUUUUCUACUUUCGGUUUGGAUUAAAAUUUUGUAACCAUUUGCAAAGGAGAGGAAAGGUUUUUUGCCGAAAUAAUGGUUAGCAGGGAUCCACAUUGCCAUAUAUGCCAUCAAAGCGAUUAUAAAUAUUUGUAUAGUGAUGAAGUUUACGAAGCCAAAGCACCAAAAUCACAAAAGUCUUUAUUGGAAAUAAUCAAACAUAUUGUCAAGGUGUUGAAAGUCAACUUUGAAGUGCCGUUAAAAGCGAGAGUCUGCAAUACAUGUUAUAAAGAACUUGUUCAAUACGAUAAUUAUGUUGUAGAGUUACUGGCCGUUCAGAAGCGUCUCAUGAAAAAAAUUGAAUUGUGUAUGAAAGGUGAGAAGUGCUCAAAGGAUCAAUGUGAAACUUCGAAAAAUUUAGAAACGAAGAAUGACAAAAAUCUCGAACGGUCGCAAGAGGACAGCGAAUUGACAGAGCAAAGCGAAGAUGAAGAGAUAAAUCAUGAUGACGGUCAAAGCGAAGAGUCGUGGCCGCUCAAGUGUACUAUUUGCGAUAAAAUGUUUAAAAACGAUCAGGCCUUAAAAAUUCACAAUGACAUGGAGCAUAAACAGCGAGUUACUUGCUCUAUAUGCGGUGUGGCCGUUCGAAAUGAGGAUUAUUUAGUAUUGCACAUGAAUUUGCAUAAUGGUAAAACCGAAAAUGAGUGUAGUUUUUGUUCUAGAAAAUAUGCCCGUAAAGUGAAUGUUAUGCGUCAUAUGCAAAAACAUUUCGGUAAAGAUAAUCAUCAGUGCGAGCGUUGUGGCAUGGUUUUCUCCGAGACAUCGGCAUUUUAUAAUCAUCGCUUGAAACAUGAAGCCGAGGAAGAGCCGCUCAUCUGCAGCGUGUGCAAUCAAUCAUUUAAGACGAUACGAACAUAUAAAGUACAUAUCAAUACACAUAGAGAGGAUCGACCACGUUACAGCUGCGAUCAUUGUCCAAAGAUAUUUGUUGAUAAAUAUACAUUGAAAGUUCAUUUGCGGCAGCACAACGGCAGUGAGGACAACAGACUGCGAAAUUCGUCAAAACGAAUAAAGAAUGAUUCGCAGAUCACGUAUACGUGUUUAAUAUGCCAAGAAAUAUUCCCUGUGAAGGACCUUCAUGACGAUCACAUGCAAAACAUGCAUGAUGUCGUACUUGAUGGUAAAUUUGGAUCUUCCGUGGAAAUACUUACACAAUAAAAGCGAAGAAAUGAUGAUUCACU